CGCGGACUGCCCGACAGGGAGGACAUUUGUCACUGGUAACCUGCCUCGCCUGCCAAACAGCCCGAGGCGGCACAUCCACGACGAACCUUUCAAAGGCACCAGAGAAGUGAUCCACGCGCACGCGCAUUUCGACUUCCACUUGAUCACCUGUCGCUUUUUCCUUGACCUCCGUUUCUAGCGUAAAAUUCGACUUCUUUGACCGACUGGGGCAGGCGUCCCGUUUCAGACUCUCACCUACCGCCUUCUUCACUCUACGAACCAGCGCGUGUUGUGUUUUCGAUCGACUUCCACUUUUGCGCACCUCCACUGCCGGGCAAAUCUGAAACCCGCUGGCGACUCUUACUUUGACAUCAACCACGAUCCGAACACAGCGCCCUACUUUCGCCCACCAAUGCAACUUUUUCAAUCCGCUCGCCACACGAAGUGAUGGGAAACUGUGCUGUCUGCGCCAAUCUCAACGUUUGAGCUGCCGUUUGAUGCGCGCUCCCCGGGGUCUCCUUGACGAAGAAAUUCCCCAGUUGAUAUUCUUACCAUUCGCCUUCUUUCGCCUUCGCUACAACUUCGAAAUCAUCAACACUUACAUGGGAACGACUGUCACACGAUCGACGAUUACCCUGACAUUCCACGAAAAGCUUCCGAGUUCCUGUUGUAUUUGCCGAAGCUGUUUCGUUAUCGACCGAUUUCCGUCUUUACGUCCACAGUUCUAGGGAUUAUUUCACCAACGCACGACAUUGGGGACGCUCCUUGGGCGAGGGUUGUUCGCGCGGCAGUAGGGCACGCGCAGGAUGGAAAACGGACAUAUGAACGGAGUGCGCACCCAUCACGACAGAAACUCGUGGACGAACGGCGUCAAUGGAGGCGUGGCCAAGCGGGAGGGCUCGCCAGAUAAGGGCAAAGCUCACGCAAACAUGUCGGGCUCCUCAGUCAUGAUGAACGGCGGAGGUGCCUCCUUCAUGGAUGUGGACAGCCAACCGCCAGGCGGCACUAAAUUCAAUGAUCUGCCUGACGAGAUCCAACACAUCACGGCGGAUAUCAUGCCUCUAAGCCUACUCCUUACCAGAUUGUCGCAGUGGACUCACACGAAGUUGCAAGACGAGAUCGCAUAUCUUGCGUCCAAACCACUGCCACAAGGCGUCCUGAAUGGCACAACCAAUCACCAAUCCGCGGACAAUCACGACACAUCGCAGGAAAGCCUCGAAAAGAAGGUUCACUUACUCAACUUCCUUCAGGAUAUGCAUUCAAAAUGGGUCAAGACCCUUGUUAUCACCGAAUGGAGCAGAAAGGCAGCUCAGGUUGGAGCCCUGAUUGACAUCAGGGUACAUUUGUUGACCAAACAGGCCCACUACCAGGAACUCUUCUGGGAGUUGAUCAGGAUGAAGCAGGAUCUCCACUGGGCGAAAGUGCCGGGCCCAGAUUUGAAGACGGCCCUGGAAGUCCUGACAACUGGUCAAGCGUCCUGGAUGCCCGAGUUGGGAUACAUCGAGCCCCCUCCUAUAACGUGGGAGGAGAAAGAGGCGUUUAUCGACAACAUCAAUACCAUGCUCAGCGUACGACUCACCUUCGACGAACACGAAAAGCUACCGGCCGCUUUUCGGGACUACAACAUCGCGAACGGAAGGGUCACGUUCAAAGUGAAGGGAGAGUUUGAAGUCGACCUGACGAUCGGAGAUGAGGACUUUGAGCAGCAAUUUUGGUUCAUCGACUUCCGUUUUCUUUUCACCCCUGCUCCGGCAGAGCUGUCGCAUGGUGUGCGCACAUUCCUCGAGAACAAAGUCAAUACAAUCCUAGGCGAUCAGGGCUUGGCUGGGUGCUAUAAUUAUCUUCAUGAAUUUGUGUUAACUCAGAAGAUUAUUGAGUUCCGUCGCCAGGCAACGGAACUCGCCAUGGGCAGGUGGGUUGAUACCCUGAAGGUCGAGAAACUCAACCGUGCCAUGUCUAUACAGUACUGGCUCAAGCCUCCGCAUGGUCUGGAGGGUCCUUCUUCGCAAACUGCCAAGAGCUGGAUUUUGCUAGGGGUAUGGAGCGGAAAGGGCGUUGAAGGAGACCUUGAUUCGAAGCCUUCAAGUUACAUCAGCCUACGUUGGUUUCGCGACAACAAGGAAGUCAAAGAUUUCGACAUACCGCUAAAUGUUGAGACUAUUUCUGCGGAAAAGCUUCUGACGGCGGUUAUUGCAAGUCACGUCGAAUACAUACUCAGAUCCAUAUCUAGCAAGCUCCUCAGCAAACCUCGGUUUGCACAGAAGCAUGCAAGACUUGACUUGGAGAUUUCAAAGGAGGAGCCGCAGAAUUCUUCUUUGGCCGUACAAUUAUUCGACAAUGACAAGGCUGUCAUCAAGAUCGAACCAUUGACGGGCUUCUUUACAAUGUUCCCGCGGUCCCCGGUCUUCUUGAAGGGACAAAUGAAGCUGAAUACCAGUUCCAAUGUGGCGGAAGAAGGCGCAAACCUUAUGGAACAACUAAGAUUUGACCAUGCAGUCAAAGAUCUCAACAGCCGUGUAAGGAGUAUAGGCUGGUUUGUUUGCCGUCCGCCAAUUACUCAGGAAGAGACGAAGACUAUCGUCUACUCGGAUGCUUCAGGAUCUCGGGAAGCUUUCAAGGCAGUUUGGCUCCGGAAGGCAAACUGGAUGACACGACAAUGGUUUGUCAUGAUAAGCAUGAGUCUCGGUGGUGACCAGUGGUGGCUAGUCGACCUUUCACCACCAAAACCUAACUUCCCUGCCGGCCGCCUGAGGCUGUUCACCAAAAUGCCCAUGACCUCCAACCAACUAACGUUGUCCGACACCUUCUUCCGAAAUCUGUCCGUCUACGCUGCUGGCAUGAUUUCACACAUCACCGAUCUUCGCAAGCUACACACUCUCAAAAAAUCACACACCGCACUCGAGCUGCCGAACCACAGCCUACCGCCCCAGGUAAGGCUGCCUACGAUUUAUGUGCGGCUGUCGGAAAUGCUUCAACAACGUCCUGGAUCCAGUAGCCGUACCUUGACAUGGGCAAAGGACUUCGUACCUAUCAUCUUCAAGGGAGUCCGGAGUCACACAGGUGACCAAGAGGGCCCAGCAGAUGCCACGGCGGUCCGGCGUGAUACGCCAGCUAGCAUCCGAGCAGAAGCUAGAUUAACCGUGAUUGACAGGAACAAGUUUAAGUCUCUCCGCGGAAAUGUAGACCACGAUGUGGUGUACAACCAUCGUACAGGCCAGUUCUCGCUUAAGUUGCGGGCGGAUAUGGGUACCCCCGUAGUCGAUUUACUCGCCGAUCGCGUACAGGCCCUGGAACGCUUGAUGGAGUUCGUUGAAGCCAUAAGGCUGGCUGGUAGCAACGCCAUUCCUCAGAGUGUUGCGCUCCGCGAGGUUGUUUUUACCUACAGCAAUGACCCAGCAGAACCUGUUGUUGGUCCCCCACAAGGUCCUCGUGCAUGGAACGUACACCUAGACCUUCCUAAAGAUGCCAAGGUUGUCCUUACUCUCGAGAAAGGAAACCCUCAUAUCCGCGCGUUAGAUAUGUUGCAAGAUAUGGCACAGUCCACCAAGACCGAGCUCCUCCCGUCUUACCUACCGUUUUCUCUGCCGCUGUACAGAGUGUUGGACAGAAUUGAGGACGAGUGGGAAAGCAUUGCGGCGAAGAACGCAGGCAAUGUGGCGAUCGUGGUCAAAGCCGCGGAGUGGGUAACGGUUAGGUUCACACUCCCUGCUCCGACUACUCGGCGACUGCUGUGUCUUGAUAUCAAGACUAUGGGUCGCAAAGGUAGAUUGUUGUGGCACGUCAAGCGCACUGAUGAAAAGGGGCACGAACGACCUCUUAACGCUCCGCAGGACGAAUUUGACACACUCUUACAGCGGUCGGUAUGGCACGCCCAUGGCGACGGAAGGAAGACCUUCGGUACCAGCGCCGCUGCUGACCCAAAGGUUGGCAUUGAAACACUGUUAUGGUCUAUCAGCGAAUCGGUGAAAUCGCUGGUCGGUACACUUCCCCCACCGCCCGGCACCAGCCCGCAUCCAGGAGGUGGAACUCAGGAUCUUCAACAAGGACCUCAGAAAACACCCCAGGAGAUGGUAGCUGCACAGGCUGCACAGGCUGCACAGGCUGCACAGGCUGCACAGGGAAUGCCCCCGCAACGACCGAAGCAGCAACCACCUACGCCAUCCCAACCACAACAGCAGCAUCGGAACGUAAAUCAACCGCAAGCUCAAGCUCAGCCUCAGCUCCAUACCCAGGUCCAACUCCAGCAAGCUCAGGUUGCCCAGCUCCAAGCUCAGCGCCAGGCACAAGCCCGCGCCAACAACAGCAGUAAUAACAACAACACAUUCGUCAACCGCGCACAUCCCGGCCAGCCACCACAACAGCGGCAGUCAGGCCCUCAAACCCAGGCACAGCAGCAGCAACAGCGAUAUCAGAUCCAACAACAGGCACAAGCGAUGCAGCGAAUGCAACAACAGCAACAGCAGCAGGCCGCUCAACAACACGCCCAACAGCAAGGUCAGGGCCCACAAGGCCAGAGAUCCGUUCACGGCCAAGCAGGUCCUCAGGGUGUGCCGCAGGGACAGCCGGGUCACGGUGGUGGUGCUAAUGGCGGGAUGGGCGGGAAGAAUGCCCCUGUAGUAGUCAUUGACUAGAUGUAGGGAAACCUUAUAAAAGCCAUUCAGCGGUCAAGCGAACAACAAAAAGGAAAUCCGGAUGGUGACAGUGGAUGUACAUAAGUCGUAGUUGUAUCAGUUGUUAUGGAGCAUUCAUGGAGCGAAGACACGUUGAAUCCAAAAAUAAUAAAAAUAAAACAACGAAAAAAAUACACAAGGAAGGAAAACAGAAAAGGAAAACGAAGUUUAAGUGAACCCGUAUCGACUGAUCCUUUCGUUUAAAUACGCAUCUGGGGUGAAGGGGGGCGAGGGGGGAAAAGGAAAAACGGAGGGAAUUGAGACCUUAUAGGAAAAAUGUCCCUUCUAUAUACAUACUUGCUCUGAGCGAUGGGAGGUGACAAUGGUUGGAGAAGGGGAGAGAGAGAGAGAGACUGAGAAGGAGGUCUAGAGAAAGAAAGCAAGUAUGACGCGUUUGGUGGAAGAGCGUUAGCCAGCCAGCAUGAAACCCAUACACAUCAUCCAGUUUUUGGUGGUGAUUUCACUCAUAAAAAAACACAAUGGAGCUGAUCGUACAUACAUAAAUACUACGAUCAGAGUUACGUCGAGGUGGGCUAGUUUUAAACUGAACUAAAGGUCAAUUACGGAACAAGCGAUUGUUGGAGGUGUAGCAUCGCCUGGGUAAUCAACUUCAACAGAAAAGUCCGAAAUAAACACGGCUCGUAGAGGAAAUCGAAAGAGAACAGAAAAGUUUACAAGUGGUUAUCGGUAACUUUCGCGAGUCUGCACAUUUCUUGCUGGGAUUGAUCCUCGGGAAAUGUUCA